AUGGCUGUCCACUACACUUCGCUCGCCGGCGAGCCUGGUCAACAUAACAUCGGCAACGAUGCCCCUCGACCAACCGAGACGAAGGGAAUCCAUCUACACCAUCUUUGCCUGCGGAUCAAGGACCCGAAAAUCACGCUUGCUUUCUUCCGCGAAGUGCUCGGCAUGCGGACGCUCUUCACUUACAACGCUGGCUCGUUCUCGAUCUACUACAUGUACCACGGCGACGAACAGAACGACGAGACGGAGAAGGUGUGGGCUGACUUUCCGAAUCAGAAGGGACUUGUCGAGCUCAUCCACCGCCACGGCUCGGAGAACGAGGACUUCAGCUACGCCUCCGGCCACCACCCUACCGAGCCUGCGAUGUCUGGCUUCGGCCACCUCGGCCUGAUCGUUGACGACGUCCCCGCACUCGUCCAGCGAGCAAAGAAGUACGGCUGCAAGAUCAUCAAGGAGCAGGGCGUGUCGAGUGCCGAGACGGUCGGAUGGCCAAACGGGACGCCGCAGCCGAUUCAGGCGUACAACGAGCUGUACUCGAACAUGGCCAUGAUCGAGUCGCCGGACGGCUACUGGUUCGAGUGCGUGCCGAGGGUGCUGGAGAAGCACUAG